AGUAUGUCCCAAUGGAGUCAAGUUCAACAACUGGAAAUAAAGUUUUUGGAGCAGGUGGACCAGUUCUACGAUGAUAACUUCCCCAUGGAAAUCCGGCACCUGCUAGCACAAUGGAUAGAAAGCCAGGACUGGGAGGCUGCAGCCAACAAUGAAGCAAUGGCAAUGAUCCUCUUACAGAAUUUGAUAAUACAGGUGGACGAACAGCUGGACCGGGUGUCACAGGAGAAGAAUCUGCUCUUGAUCCACAACCUGAAAAGAGUCAGGAAGCUGCUGCAGGGUAAAUAUCAUGGUAAUCCCAUGCAUAUAGCAGUGAUCAUCUCAAACUGCUUAAGAGAAGAAAGAAGAAUAUUGGCUGCAGCCAGCAUGCCUGUACAGGGGCCACUGGAAAAGUCUCUACAGAGCUCUGUGGUUUCAGAACGCCAAAGAAAUGUAGAACACAAAGUAUCAGCAAUCAAGAACAGCGCUCAGAUGACUGACCAAGAUGUGAAAUACUUGGAAGACUUGCAAGAGGAAUUUGACUUCAGGUAUAAAACAAUACAGAGCUUAGAGCAGAAUGACAAAAACAGUGCCCUCAUUAAACAGGAAAUGUUGGCGUUGCAGGCGAUGCUCAAUACUUUAGACUACAAGAGAAAGGAAGUGCUCAGUAAAAUAGGGCGUGUGAUCCAUGAGAUCGAUAUGCUGAUGAGCAACAUGCUGACCGAGGAGCUGCUGGACUGGAAGAGACGGCAGCAGAUCGCCUGCAUCGGGGGGCCCCUCCACGGGGGGCUCGAUCAGCUCCAGAACUGCUUUACACUGUUGGCAGAAAGUCUCUUUCAAGUCAGAAGGCAACUAGAAAAGCUGGAUGAACUCCUGACCAGGCUGACUUAUGAUGGGGACCCUAUUCCUGUGCAAAGACCUCAGCUGCUGGAAAAAGUCAACUUUCUGCUCUACAACCUUUUCCGGAACUCCUUUGUGGUUGAAAGGCAGCCCUGCAUGCCAACACACCCCCAGAGGCCAAUGGUUCUCAAAACUUUAAUACAGUUCACUGUUAAAUUAAGGUUGCUAAUUAAAUUGCCAGAGCUGAACUACCAGAUCAGAGUGAAAGCAACUAUUGACAAGAAUGUUUCAACUGUAAGUAACCGUAGAUUUGUUCUGUGUGGAACACAUGUGAAAGCCAUGAACAUGGAUGAGUCUGCAAAUGGGAGCUUGUCAGUAGAAUUUCGACAUUUGCAACCCAAAGAAAUGAAAACAAGUGCUGGAAGCAAAGGAAAUGAGGGCCCUCACAUGGUGACCGAGGAGCUGCACUCCAUCAGCUUUGAGACACAGGUCUGCCUGUAUGGAUUGACCAUAAACUUGGAAACCAGCUCUUUGCCUGUGGUGAUGAUUUCCAAUGUCAGCCAACUGCCCAACGCAUGGGCCUCUAUUAUCUGGUACAACCUGUCAACCAACGAUCCUCAGAAUUUGUCUUUCUUCAACAACCCCCCUGCUGCCACUUUAAGCCAGCUCUUAGAAGUACUGAGCUGGCAAUUUUCAUCAUAUGUUGGUCGUGGACUCAAUUCUGAACAGCUCAACAUGCUGGCAGAGAAACUUAUGGGACAGCAAGUGAGUUACAAUGAUUAUCAACUGUCCUGGGCAAAGUUCUGCAAGGAACAUUUGCCUGGGAAGUCCUUUACCUUUUGGGUUUGGCUUGAAGCAAUCCUGGACUUGAUUAAAAAACACAUUCUUCCUCUUUGGAUUGAUGGGUACAUAAUGGGAUUUGUAAGCAAAGAAAAGGAACGAAUUCUGCUGAAAGACAAGACACCAGGAACAUUCUUAUUAAGGUUUAGUGAGAGCAAUCUGGGUGGAAUUACCUUUACUUGGGUGGAUCAGCUAGAAAAUGGAGACGUAACAUUUCAUUCGGUGGAACCCUACAACAAAGGCCGCUUAUCUGCCCUGCCCUUUGCCGACAUACUGCGCGACUACAAAGUUAUCAUGGCAGACAACGUUCCUGAAAACCCCCUGAAGUACCUGUACCCAGAUAUCCCCAAAGAUAAAGCCUUUGGCAAACACUACAGCUGUCAGCCAAACGAAGUCUCAAAGCCCUCAGAUGGAGGAGGGAAAGGUUACGUUCCUUCUGUAUUUAUCCCAGUCUCCAAAAUUUUAAAUGACUCUGCAGAACCACAUUCUCCAUCAGAUCUUCUUCCAAUGUCUCCAAGUGUUUAUGCUGUGCUGAGAGAACACCUGAGUCCCACAGCCAUUGAAACUGCUCUGAGUUCUCCUUACUCAACUGACUGAAGUGCACAUACUGGAAAAAUCAGUAAUUGUGUGAACAUUGGAUGGGUUAAAGAAGUCAUAAUUUUUUUUUCCUGUCACCUCGAAAGUCAGCUUUUCUGGAAACCAUUACAUUAUUCUUAGGGCUCUUUCAACAACACAUAAACAAGGAAUUUUCUCUCUAGGGAUUCAAACAGCCUUUUGCAAGUCAGAUUUGCUGUUGUCACUGAAAAAAGACCAAAUCCUCUCAGGCUUGGGAGUCAUUUGACUUCAGUGGGGUCCCAGCAGAGAUAAAUUUUACUUGCUAAUUUGACUAAUUUCCAUAGAAUUGCUGUAAAUAUGAGAGCAUAAGAACAAAGUGUUUUGUUUCUGAAGACAGCAUAUAAAGAUAACGAAAGACAUUAAUGUGUUUGGAGAAAUUAGGAUUUAUGAUGUUAAAUACUUUCUGCUCAUCCAUAAUCUUAUACACCACUGAGUCAGAUACUAUUUCAAAGCAAAGAUUUUUGUUCCUCUGACUUUGAAUGUUGUAGAGGUAU